AUGGUCGAACGAUCCUCAGUUUCGACAGAACCGAUUUCAACGAAAAUCAAAGUCAAAGGUUUCGAGAUAAACUACUUUCAAGUUGGAAAGGGACCACAGAAAUUGUUAAUAUUUCCUGGAGUGCUGGGUCAAAUUGGUGAUUUUGGACCACUGACGGAAAACCUCGAUGGUGCAAAAUAUACGAUAUAUAUGUGUGAUCCUCCAGGUUACGGUUUGAGUCGACCACCAAACAGAGAUUUUUCACGGGGAUUUUUGUACCGCGACGCCGAUAUUGCCAUUGCGCUUAUGGAGACGUUGGGUAUCGACAGAUAUUCGAUGUUGGGCUGGUGCAACGGCGGGUGCACCGCGAUGAUCGCAGCUUCCAGGGCCGCAGAUCGGGUCGAAAAGCUGGUAGUGUGGAGCUGCAACGCUUACGUGACGGCCAAAGACCUCGAACAAUAUGAGACGACACGUGACAUCCGUGGCUGGCCCGACGCGUUCAGAAUUCCGCAAUGCGAAAUGUACGGCGAGAAGUACGUGUCGGACACUUGGUCUGGAUGGAUAGACGCUUUUCGGAAAAUUCUCGACGAUGACGACGGGGACGUGUGCCGCGGCGCACUAGCCAAGAUAAACGCGGCCACGCUCAUUCUACACGGAGCAAAGGAUGUGCUCGUACCGGUCGAGCACGGUGUAUAUCUGCACGAAAACAUCAAUCGGUCGACACUUGAAAUAUUUCCAGAAGGCAAGCAUAUCAUACAAUUUAUGUACCCUGAGAAGUUUGUUUCGAUAGUGGAUAACUUUCUUUCUUCUAUGCAGUAA